UCAUUCAGUACUUCAAUAACCUCGCCACUGCCAUCUCGACAUAUCCGCCAUCCCCGCCACCCUACUGAAUAGAGCUCUUGAAUCUUCCAACCAAAUUCACUCCCAGCACUAGCAGCAAAAGCUGCAGUAGUUGUUGGAGGCCUAUUGACAAGGAUUCUUGUUCAGCGUGGACAGAGUGGUUAGGGUGAUUGCAAAGUGAGAUCGGAGGGAGAGACACCAUCAUGGCUGAUAUUCAGGGCACAUCCAACGAACGAGAAUGCCUCAUGGCGCAGAUCAAAGUCCAGGGCGACAGAGUGAGGAAACUUAAGGAGGAGAAAGCCGCCAAAGAGCAGUUAUAGAUCGACUGAACUUGGGUUUCGUUGGGUUGAAAUAAUGACCAGAUUAGCUCUGCUGACCUCUGGCCUUGAGGUUAUCAGUCAUCUUUUCCAAAUCAGUCCCACAAAGUGUAAAUCAACUCGGUGGUUCAGUCGAGGUCGAAUCGCAUCAUCCAAGAUUUUGGAAGAAGUGGAAAAGUUGAAAGCUUUGAAAUUGGAAUUAGGUGAUGAGUCAGGGUCUACUGGGAAACUGAUCUUAAAGACCCCUAAAGGCACCCGAGACUACCAGCCUGAACAAAUGGCUAUUCGAGAAAGCGUGCUCAACAAAGUCAUCAAAGUGUUCAAAAAGCACGGAGGAGUGACGAUUGAUACCCCUGUCUUCGAACUAAAGGAUGUACUCACUGGCAAAUAUGGCGAAGAUUCGAAACUCAUCUAUGAUCUGAAAGAUCAAGGAGGCGAGAUACUGUCCUUGCGAUAUGAUCUUACUGUUCCCUUUGCCCGUUAUGUUGCUAUGAACAAAACCUCUACCAUCAAGCGCUAUCAAGUCGCCAAGGUGUACCGCCGUGACAAUCCCUCCAUGAGUCGAGGUCGCUACCGAGAGUUCUACCAAUGUGACUUUGAUGUGGCUGGUCAAUUUGACCCCAUGAUCCCAGACGCCGAAUGUAUCAAGAUAGUUCAAGAUAUUCUUACAUCUAUGGACAUUGGGAACUUUGUUAUCAAAGUCAAUCAUCGGCAGAUCUUGGAUGGUAUUUUUGAAGUAUGUGGCGUUGCCAAGGAUAUGUUUCGUACGAUUUGCUCAUCGGUGGACAAAUUGGAUAAAUCUCCUUGGGAAGAAGUUAAACGGGAAAUGAUCGAGGAAAAGAAUUUAGAUCCAGUUGCUGCGGAUGCCAUUGGCGAGUUUGUUCGAAUGAAUGGUGGAAUGGAAUUGGUGGAUAAACUAGAAUCCACUUCUUUGAGUGAAAGUAGCACAGCCAAAAAUGGCCUAGAUUCGAUGCGAUUACUUUUGAAGUAUUGCGCCUUGAUGGGAUGCCCUCAGAGCGUGUCAUUUGACUUAAGUCUAGCUCGGGGUCUGGAUUAUUACACCGGUGUAAUUUUCGAGGCAGUUUUAAUGGCCGAAGUCCGCGAUGAAAAAGGCGAAUUGAUCCAAGUCGGAAGUGUGGCUGGGGGAGGGCGUUACGACAAACUGGUGGGCAUGUUUGACAGCAAGAAUAGGGACGUUCCUUGCGUGGGAGUGAGCAUCGGAAUUGAGCGUCUCUUCUCCAUUAUGGAGGCUAAUUUGGCCAACACCAAAGUGCGUACAUCGGAGACUGAAGUCUACGUAGCUACAGCGCAGAAGAACUUGUGCGAAGAAAGGCUCAAGCUCUGUCGCGAGCUCUGGGACUCUGAUGUUAAGACUGAGCACUCUUACAAGAAAAAUCCUAAACUCUUGUCACAACUCCAAGAAUGUGAAAUCUCCGGUAUCCCUUUGGCCGUUGUUAUUGGUGAAUCUGAACUGCAAAAAGGUGUGGUAAAACUCAGAACAGUGGCUACAAGAGAGGAGACUGAAGUUUUGAGGAGCUCUUUGGUCCAUUCCAUCAAAGAAAAAUUGAACGAACUAAAGGCAUCGCAAUAGAUUUCGCUCAUCUACAGCUUCCCACACCACCGAAUCAUACACCACUCACUUGAACAUGUUCGUAUUUUAAUCAUGAGAUCAAGUGGUUUAUAUGUAUUUAUCAUGAAGCGCAGAAACAUUUGAAUGUUUUUAUUUUUAAA